UCCGAAAAGAGAGGAGUCCUGAAACUACCCACGUACUCUAGCAAGACUCCUCAUUUGUCCGAUCUCUCCACGUCUCCAAUAACUUCCGUCUCCCUUCUUCUUCUCUCUUAAAAUCACUACUUAUCCUUGAAAAACAAAAGCCUGAAGAUGUUACACUAGGUAUGGAUGGAGAAAGAGAACCAGGUUCCGAUAGAAAGCGAAAACACAUGGAAUCCACGGUUCAAAACCAUGAAGAUGAACCAAACGGAUUGAAUCUUAAUCUCUCUCUUAGGCCUAGUACUUUUUCUAAUGCAAGACCCCGUAUUCAAUCCUCCAUAUCUCCACCACCACCUUUCCUCUCUGACGGUUUCCCCGAUUUCGGCCUAUCCCCGCCUGCCAACGUAGCUACGCUGCAAGAACCUUCCAACUACGCCUCUUCUUUCGGAAUACGGCAAGAAAUAUCCAACUACAACCCUCCUUCAACACCACAGGAACAAUUAUUCAACUACAACCCUCCUUUGUCAGUAGACUAUUCUCAGAUCACAUCCAUCGGACGGCUCUUACAACAGCAAGAACCACUACCUCCUUCUGCGGAAUUUUUUCAUGAAGCUCAAUCCAAACCCAAUGUAGUAGACCAGCAACACCGCCUACCGCGCAGAAGCUCUGUACGCACCCACCGCAACUCUACACAGCCUCCACACGGCAACAAGGAUGAGCACGUGCCUCCUCCAUUCGAAUGGGCUACCGACCGAAGGGCUACCGUUCAUCGCCUCGACCACCUUAGGUCUCUUGGUCUCACUACAAUACAAGGCGAGGUGCAAUGCAAGCGAUGCGAGGGUCGAUAUGAGAUUGAGUUUGAUCUGAAUAACAAGUUUGAAGAGAUUUCAGAUUAUUUAAUAAAUAAUAAGGUCUUUUUGUCUGAACGAGCUCCUAAUGAGUGGAUGAAUCCGAAGUUGCCUGAUUGCAACCAAUGCCAACAGACUGAUUGUUUGAAGCCUGUUAUCUCUCGAAAGAAGCGUUCUAUUAACUGGCUAUUCUUGCUGUUGGGGAAGAUGCUUGGUUGCUGCACUCUUGAACAGUUGAAAUACUUUUGUAAGCAUACAAAGAACCAUCGUACGGGUGCAAAAGAUCGAGUACUCUUCCUAACCUAUCUUACCCUCUGCAGACAGCUCAAUCCAGAAGGCCCGUUCGAACGCGAAUAAGGUGGCAUUAUUUAUUCUUAUUAUUAUUCUCACUUCACUCUCUUUAAAUUUGUUUUUCUUUUGAAGAUUUAUUUGGGUGUUUUAGGUAAGCUUAGGUAAUUAAGAGAAGCUGUAGCAAGUAUUGCAAAUAAUGGCAAGUGGUUGGUGGAGUUGCAUGGAUUAUAGCCAGGUGGCUAUGGUCAGUGCUUUGCGGGUCCCACUAUGAAGUAUGUCUUUUAUCCAUGCCGUUAAUCCAUUUUUACAGAUUAUUUUAGGACUUCAUAGUAAAAAUGAGAGGGAUAUAAAUCUCAAAUGGACCACACCACAGGAAACAAUAGUGAUUGGAUAUCCACCAUUAAGGCCCACUGUUCUGUUUAUUUGACAUCCAAUCUGUUGAUUAGGUCAUACAGACGUAGAUGAAGAGAAA